AUAUGACAACAUUCAUACUGUUGGUUGAAAUGAUUAGACUAAUAAUGAAAGUGCACUCUUAUGUGAUGGAAACUACUGGUGAUUCACAAAUAUUACCGGAUGUCCACAAUAAGGAACAAAUGAUAAAUUAUCCAGAUCUAUUUCAAUUAAUUUACUUUUUAUUUGCACCCACACUUAUUUAUAAAAAUGAAUAUCCAAGGACAUUAAAAAUACGGUGGAGUUUUGUGAUUAAAAAUCUAUUGCAAGUGGUAUUCACAGCAUUCAGUGCAUUGUUCAUAAUUAGACCGUUUCUGAUGAACACCUAUUCCCAGAUUGGAUACAAACCAAUCAAUUUGCGACACAUAUUUAAUAUAAUAGCCAUAGCCUAUCCAUUAGGUGCAGUGGCAAUACUUUUGGUAUUUUAUGGCUUUUUCCAGUGUUGGUGUAAUGCCUGCGCCGAGUUAUUACGGUUCGCUGACCGCCAGUUCUAUACCGAGUGGUGGACAUUGAAAAGCUGUCGAGACUUUUACCGAAACUGGAAUACCAUUGUUCAGGACUGGCUCUACGCUUAUGUAUUGAUACCUGUAUUUAAUUUAACUCACAGUAAAUACUUAAGCAAUUGUAUGGUUUUGGUGGUGUCGGCCAUCGUUCACGAGUAUCUAUUGGCGGUUCCCAUACAGUCUUUGUGUCCUAUAUUUAUUGUUAUGUUUGCCGUAAUUGGCAAUAUUGAAUUGAUUAUAAACCGUUCAAAAAUGUUAAGAGCUUUUGAUUUUUAUAAUACACUUUAUUUUAUUUUAUUAUUUAUUGGAUGGGCUAUAUAUCUCAACUUAUAUAGUAUUGAAUGGUAUUCUCGGCAAAAUUGUCCCAUUGAUAAUCCGUCAAUUACCGAUUACCUUAUUCCUCGAUUUCCAACAUGUAUUCACUUUACAUAUAUUUAA